ACUUCUCUUUCUCCUUUUCCUCUUCUCCAUCGCCACUCUUCAGUGCUCUUCCAAGAUCUGACCUUUCUCUCUCUUUUCCCCAUUCCCCAUUCCCAACCUCUGUUCUCUUCGCUCUAAAAUGUAACCCACCGUUCUUACAGGCCCGCCUUUAUUUCUGGGCAGGCUUGAGGAAUCUCUCAAUUUUAUACAUCAUGUUAUCUUCUGCAGCUCAAAAGAAGGCGCUCCAUUCUCUUCUUGCCUCCAGGUUAACAACUCUUACGAUUCCUGAAUCCCCAUCUCCCUCCUUUUCCACCAGCGAAGAAUUCGAUUUCUCAGAUGUAUUCGGCCACCCUUCUUCGUCCUCCCCCCGUGCAAACAACGUACACCCAUCUUCUUCAUCGCCUUUAUCUGUAGAUCCUGAAAUCAUUCAUAAUCGAUCUCACUCUUUUGUGGGUCCUUCUCCGCGUUUCACCCUUUCAAGUUCUCUUCCUUUGGGUUUAUUCGAUCUGGAAAUCGAUCCCGACAGCGCCGGAGAAGAUGUAGAAGAAAUUUGUGAUUCUAAAAUAGAGGAGGAAGUGAAGAAAAUUGGUCCGGGUGAUUUUGAGAUUUUGAGGGUUGUUGGAAAGGGUGCUUUUGGGAAGGUAUUUCAAGUGAAGAAGAGAGAUAAAGAUGGAAUUAUUGGCGGUUGUAGCGAUGGGAUCUAUGCUAUGAAAGUGAUGAAGAAGGAGACGAUUAUAAAGAAUAAUCAUGUGGACUAUAUGAAGGCUGAGAGGGAUAUACUUACCAAAGUUGUUCAUCCCUUUAUUGUGCAGCUUCGUUAUUCUUUUCAGACAAAGUCUAAGUUGUAUCUGAUACUGGAUUUUAUCAACGGAGGACAUCUUUUCUACCAUCUUUACCGCCAAGGAAUCUUCAGUGAGGAUCAGGCAAGAGUUUAUACUGCAGAGAUAGUGUCUGCUGUUUCACACCUUCACAAAUGCGGGAUUGUGCAUAGAGAUCUUAAACCCGAAAAUAUUCUCAUGGAUGCAGAUGGCCAUGUUAUGUUGACUGAUUUUGGGCUGGCCAAAGAAAUUGAUGAAACAAGCCGAUCGAAUUCAAUGUGUGGGACAAUGGAAUACAUGGCACCAGAAAUCUUACUCUCUAAAGGCCAUGACAAAAAUGCUGAUUGGUGGAGUGUUGGGAUACUUUUGUAUGAAAUGCUCACUGGCCAGCCACCAUUUGCACAUUCAAAUAAGAAGAAACUCCAAGAAAAGAUAAUGAACGAGAAAUUGAAGCUACCUCCACGGCUGACAGGCGAAGCACAUUCCUUGCUGAAAGGAUUGCUACAAAAGGAUCCAUCAAAAAGGUUAGGAAGUGGGGCUCGGGGAUCAGACGAUAUAAAAACUCAUAAAUGGUUUAAGUCGACCAACUGGAAGAAACUUGAGACCAGAGAACUGCUUCCUAAAUUCAAACCAGAUGUGACAGGAAAAUACUGCACAAAUAACUUCGACACGUGUUGGACCACAAUGGCCCUAGACGAUUCGCCAGCUCCAACCCCACCAGCUGCAGGAGGAGAGCAUUUUCAUGGGUAUACUUAUGUUGCACCCAACACUUGGCUUUCUUCAGAAGAAGAGCAUUGAUCUUUCAUUGAUGAAACUGUUAGUUAUAACCUAAUUUCCUUCUGGACUUUUCUUAACUACUACUGGAACGGAACAAAUUAUUUAGUUUGUUGUUUAUUUAUGUUAGCAUGUCAUAGUUGAAUUGGGUGAUAUUAUCAAGUUAAAUGUGUCUGUUUUA